AUGGAGCCCAACGGCCAGCAGGGCUAUGAGCCUAGCAGCACGGUAGUUUUCUCGCAAAUCCGCCAAGCUCUCGAGAUCGUGCAUAGCCCGCAGUCAACGAACGAUGCACGGCGGGAAGCGCAAGAUUUUCUGGAGAAACUCAAGGGUACAUCACGAGGCCCGCUCUUUGGACAUAAUUUAGGGAGUGACAGGUCUCAGCCGCAUAUUGUGCGGCAUUAUGGCCUUUCGUUGCUGGAAUACUCCAUCCGCUACCAAUGGUCAGAGUAUGGGGAGGAACAGAAAGAGGCAUUGCUUCACUGGGUCCUGGAGCUGAGCCAGACCAUCGCGCAAGACGAUCCGUCAUUCCUGAGAAACAAGACUGCCCAACUUUGGAUCGAGGUGGCCAAGAGAUCAUGGGGUGCAGAAUGGAUGGACAUGGACACGCGACUCGUCGAGCUAUGGAAUGUGCCAGACUCGCCAGCACACAAGGAGUUCGUCCUGUCCGUUUUGGAGACGCUUUCGGAUGAGGUUUUUACUGGUGAUGAUCCUGUGGUUAGCUUUCGCGAAGGAAUUCUUAGCAAGGCUUGCGUCGAAAUCUUUACGCCAACCUCUGUCCUGGUCGAGGUGUUCCCCAACAGGCAGGCCGGCCCUGAGGUCCGCCAUGGGCAUGAAGGCUGGCUGACCCGGAUCGCCGAGUUCCUGAAACUUUGUAUAUCCUCUGGACUUCGCGACAGCCAGACCGAGUCAUGUGCCGUGAAGUGUCUCGCCACGAUGCAGACGCAAUUGCCUUGGGCCAUUCCGAAAGCCAUCAUCGCUGCUGAUGCCGUUGAAGUGCUAUGCGGAGGCCUGGCGGUGCAGAGCGCCGAUGUGCAAAAGGGGGCCCUUGAAGCUCUUCAUGGCAUGUAUGGCCGCAUCAACUUCAACGACACAGAGUUCCAUGACCUGGUCUUGCCAAUGUACAGGCCGUGGCCCGUGCAACUUUUCAAAAAUCUCUUUGAGUAUUCGCAGAUCGACCCUAACGAUAUUGAUGAUGACAAGUAUCUUGUCCUCAAGAAGUUAUCAGAGCUUCUUGCUUCCAUUGGAGAGUAUCUUGCGCGCAAAUUCGAUGAGGUGCCUGAGGGCACAGAUGUCGACCCUUUUCUGCAUCUCCUGAUCCAGGUUGCUCAGCAUCAGAGCUUGAUGGUGUCGAUACCUGCGGUCGUGACUUGGGGCAAGCUCCUCAACUGCAAGUCGGUAAGCAGCGAUCGCUUUACGAAUAUGAUCGGUCCUUUGUUAGAGAUUGCUACGACGCGCUUGGUGCGCUACGAACACUUGCCAGAAGACUCUGAGGAACCACCUUUGCUCUUUCUCAUGGAAGACACCGACACUAUGCCUGAGCGACAUGCAUUCCUCGGCAACUACCGGCGCUUCACCUGUCAACUCGUUGAAGCCAUUGUGAGACUCAGGUUGGCAGAUGCGGUGACACACAUCUUGAGCACUACAGAUCAAGUCCUCCACAAUCUUUAUCCUCCGGGCGAGGGUCUCAAUAAACAAAAUUACGACAAGCACUCGCAACCAGCUCUGCGCGUUGAUUGUCAAUUCACUGUCAUCGAAGCCAUGUUGAAGGGAUUCAAAUCCUGGAAGACAGCGAACAGCGAUCGUGAGGCCGUCGUCUCCAUCGAGGCGAAUCUGGAGGCCUGGUGCAACAAGCUAAUCGAAAUACAAUUUGACGAUCCCGUCAUCCGCAAAAGAUGCCUCCAGUUGCUGGUGUACUUUUCCACAACCGCUCUAAGCAACAAGACUGAGUUCAUGCUGAAAGUACUUGAGCAUAUUCUGAUGACUUGGCCUAACCCUGAGCCCGAGUACAAAACAUUCAAUGAGGCUGUCAAAGAUCUGCAGGGCGAGAGUAUGGUUGAACUGCAACGCUUGGCGUCGGAAAUGCCAGACCAUUUGAUCGAUGUCUACGACCAGAUUUCACAUCGCGUGAAUGAAAUGCUGGCGUCCGGUAUACUCGACGAGAAACGUACCAUUGCCUACAAAAGCUUUUUAUUCAUCAUUGUGACGGACAAGAUCAACGUGGACGCCAAGAUCCCCCGGCUCCGCGAAUUCAUCGAUCCUGUCAAGUCACAGUGGCAAGAUACUCGUAUCCAGUCUUCGCUAGGCUCGUACCCGGGCUUCUGUGAGCUACUCGGGCUGGACAAAGCGCAGGCCUAUCUGGCCAAGCACCGUGCACAUGCAAUCCAAGACUGGGGUUCUUGCCCCUUGGACUCAGAAGGUCUCGCUAUUCAGGCGGAGCUUGAGGAGAGGUUAAAGACAUUGCCUCUGCGCGCCACCAAGAGCUUCUUGGCCUUCUCAGUGGAGCGCCUGAGUCGCUCAUCGCCUGCGUUUCAAGCGUCACAUGCUCUCUGGCAAGACGGCUUCACAACAAUACUGGCGGAUGUCCUUAGGUUCCUGAGCUACGCACACGCGUCACAUAAUCCGCAAAACUGGAUGGGUGUGCCUCCGGACAUGCGCUCUAUGGUGGAGCGGGUACUAAGCGAUCGCUUUUGGCAGUCGGGCAUUUCCGAGGGCAGCAAAGACGACUUUUAUGCUCGUGUGCAAGAUAAGAAGGGAACAGUGGAAGGUUUCGCAUCGACAAUCACCGGAGAAUGGGCUCGCAUGGAAGAACAGAGAAUCAUAUCUGCCGAUGGCGAUAGUGCGCUCAAGGAGGAGAUGAAGUCGGAAAGCAUCCUGCGCCAGGUCACCUACACGGCUACGCUCAUGGUGGCCGACUUCCUGGAUCCGUCCAAGCUCAACCCGCGCACCUUGAAGCCUGCCAGCGAGGGGGAGGCCACUGUGAAGUACCCCACGCUUCGUAAAUUUUGCUUGAUGAACCAGCAAAUUGUAGAACCUCUAUUGGUGUUCUGCGCUCAUGGGAUUCGGAUGAAGGAUACUCGUUGCUGCAGCAUGAUCCUCCGGCUUUUCGUGUCGCUGGUCCCCGAGUUCAGCUCAGAUCCUCCUGGAUCGAAGAAGGCCACGCUACCGGAUGUGGACAACUCGCCUGUGUCUCCCGAGAUUGCGUCGGUGAUUCGGGAGUACAUAUCGACAGAAGUGCUGCAGGCUUGCAUCACGUCCUUUCACGAACCCUACUUUGUGGACCUGCAGAAGGACCUGGCCUCGCUGAUUGCUUCGAUUGUGGUACACUACGGGCCGUUGACGACCACACCACGGAACGUCAUUCUCUCGCUGCCCAACGUCAAGGAAAGCGAUCUGGAGCGACUCGGCGCUUACACCGCCAAGCCUAGUUCGCAUACGCGACAGCAAAGAUGCAUCGUGCUCGACAUGCUUAAAGAUCUCAAGGGCGUGAGCGUGGCGGAGAUGGGCAAGAUGGUUAAGAGUACAGGGUUUGGCAACUCGAACCGAGGCAGGAAGCCCACGCGUACAAAGAUGGCGCAGGCUUUCAUGGAGGCCGCAGCGCCAGCGCAGGGUGGCAAUCCCCUGGACAGCCAGCCGCGAGGGGGAACUCCUGACCCUUUAGAGGGAGUGUCGGGCCUCUUCGAUGGAUAG